GACGGAGCCCAUCAAAUUUUUAUGGGCCCACAUAUGGACUGUGAAUAAGGGCUUACAAAAAUUCCCCAAUAAAAAGAUGUAAUAUCUCUAACAUUUCGUUUUCAAACCCUAGCCAGCGCCAUCCAGCCAGCCAGCCGAUUAAGAGGUUAAGCAGACAUGGCCAAGUCAAAGAAUCACACCGCUCACAAUCAGUCGCGCAAGGCUCACAGAAACGGUAUCAAGAAGCCAACCAAACACCGUAACGCUUCCACCAAAGGGAUGGAUCCUAAGUUCCUUAGGAACCAGAGGUACGCCAGAAAACACAACAAGAAUGUCGGUGAAGUUUCCACCGAAGAAGAGCAGUAGUAGAAAGGAUAUGAUAUUAGGUUCUCAAUUCUCAUUAUUAUGUACUAGUACUAGUAGUAAUAGUAGGUAGUGUUCUUAAUUUAUAAUGUGAAAGGGUUUUGCUGGAUUGUUGGAUUCCUUUGUUUUUUUCAUGCUCAUGAUUCCUAUUUGAAAGUUUUAAAUGUGAAGACAACAUCUAUUGUUUUAAUUGGUAUUUUGCAGUCAUAUUCUUUGUC